AUGGCAGCCAUUAAACCAAACUAUCCACCGGGGUCUCCUGAAGAGCAUAUUGAAUUGUGUGAUCAUCACAAUUUACCUGUCGAUGUGAUAUGUGAGGACUGUGAUGAAUUUAUUUAUGGUAAUUGUGCCAAAAGAUAUCAUAGAGAUCAUGAAUGGAGCACUAUUCCCACGGCAGUCAGCAAAAUGAGGAGAGAUCUGCUUAAUUGUCUACGGAAAUUCAAGGAAGAGGAAAUCCGUGGGAUUGAUGAGAAGAUAGAGACGAUUUCAAAACAAAUCACGGAAAAUAAAAAACUGUUUGACUAUGAGAUUAAAAAGCUACAGGAGCAUUACGAUGAGAUAACAAGCAGGUUGUCAGACGUCCGAAAAUUUUAUGAACGAAUAUUGAGAGAUCAUCUGGACGAAAAACAUAAGAAGUUGAAUGGUGUGAAAUCUGAGUUGAACAAAAAGAAGAAAGAAAUUGCAGAGACAGUUAAGUUCAUGGAGGCCAGAAAAAUUGAAAUUUCAGAUAAUCACUAUAUUGACAACCUAAGAGAAAUGACACAACUGCUGUCUGCCCUGGGUGUUGAUAUUAACAACUUUAAAUAUUCAGUGAGAUACUAUAAAGGGGAAAUCAGUAAUGAGGUACUGAAGCAUAUUACUGGAAAGAGUCUAGAUUUAAAUAGUAUCAGUUUAACUGAAACAAGCUCGUUUAAAUAUGGAGAUAGACGAAUGGUUUUAUUGAGGGCAGUGUGUGAAGAUCAGUGCUACAUACAACAAUUUGAGUCACCUUACACUAAACUAGUGAACAAAGAAGGUGAUAUAAAACAUAAAUAUAAUAUCAAACCUAAUGACAUGUGUGUGACUGAUACUGGUGAUGUUUAUUUCACAGACUUUACAAACUAUUUCAUUAGCUGUCUGUCACAAUCAGGAUCUGUCUCUACAGUCGUCAGUACAGAUCCACUGGUACCAGGAGGAAUCUGUCAGUCAAUAGACGGUGGAAUACUUGUCACCUUGACAGACUAUGUGACUAAUACAUACAUAUUAGAGUCACACAGCAGACGUCUGGUGAGGCACAUCACAGUGACAGGUGAUGUCAUGCAUGAGUAUAGUUACCAGGAGGAUGGUCAGACAAGACUGUUUACGUAUCCAGUCAGAGUCACACAGAACAGUAACCGUGAUAUCUGUGUUGUGAACAAAACAAGUGACACUACAGGUGAUCUAGUGAUUAUUUCUCUAUCUGGUCAUAUGAAGUCUGUUUACUAUGGACAGAACCUCACAGAGGACUUUGGACCGACUGAUGUUGUGUGUGACUCCUUCUGUAACAUCCUUGUUACAGACCUUGACAACAACCAGAUUCAUAUGUAA